AUGGCUUCUGGGUCUAAAAACGAUGCUGUGAAUAGAUUAUCGAAUUUAAAGGUAGACGAUGGUGAUGAUGAUGAAGAACCGGCGCAGAAUAUGUUACCUUCAAAUCAGCAGGCAAGGCAGGGCGGGCAUGAUGAGGACGCUCCUAGUAUCCAGUAUCGAAUGCCUUCCUCCUCUGCUUUAGAAAAUCUACCAACAAACAAUUCAGGUGGACGUUUGUAUAACUGGCAGGCAACAAAAACAACAGUUAAGGAGCGUCUUUCUUUUCUAUUCAAUAAUGAAAUUCUCUCUGAUGUCCACUUUAUUGUUGGCAAAGAUGCAAAUCAGCAGGUGAUACCAGCACACAAAUUUGUACUCUCUGUUGGUAGUGCAGUAUUUGAUGCAAUGUUUAACGGUGUGCUGGCAACUAAAUCAGAUGAGAUAGAACUCCCUGAUGUGGAACCAGCUGCCUUCCUUCAUUUACUAAAGUUCCUAUAUUCUGAUGAAGUUAGGAUUGGACCAGAAAGUGUUAUGACAACACUAUAUACAGCUAAGAAAUAUGCUGUGGCAGCCCUAGAGGAACAUUGUGUUGAUUUCCUGAAGAGUAAUUUGGGUACAGAUAAUGCCUUCUUACUGCUGACACAGGCAAGAUUGUUUGAUGAACCACAGUUGGCUGCAUUAUGCCUAGAAAUGAUAGAUAAGAAUACAGCAGAUGCAUUAAAUGCAGAAGGUUUUACUGAUAUAGAUCAAGACACAUUGAAUGCAGUUUUGGAGAGAGACACGCUCAGGAUUCGUGAAGCUAAAAUAUUCUCUGCAGUCCUCCGCUGGUCCGAAGCAGAGUGUAUUAGACGUCAACUGCCGGUCACACCUACCAACCAAAGGACAGUACUGGGCAGGGCAUUCCACGCAAUUCGCUUUCCCCUGAUGUCAGUAGAAGAAUUUGCCAUGGGACCGGCACAAAGUGGACUUUUAGAUGAUCGUGAGAUUGUCCAACUAUUCCUCUAUUUUACAGUAAAUCCAAAACCUAAUGUUGGCUUUCUCGACACCCCUAGAUGUUGUAUGACAGGCAAAGAGUUAACGGUUAACAGGUUCUCACAAACAGAAUCUCGGUGGGGAUAUAGUGGCACAACUGAUAGGAUUAGGUUUACAGUAGACCAGAGGAUAUUUGUAGUUGGUUUUGGGCUCUACGGGUCUUACUUUGGGCCUAGUGAAUAUGAGGUGCAUUUGCAAAUUAUUCAUCUAGCCACAAAAAAAGUGUGCGGUUCGAACACGACAACAUUUUGUUGCGACGGAACGGAUGACACCUUCCGAGCGAUGUUUAAGGAGCCUGUGGAGAUACUACCAAAUACCUCUUACAUAGCCAGUGCUAAAUUGAAGGGCACGGACUCAUACUACGGAUCUAAAGGCCUCCGGCGCGCCACAGUCGAUUGCAACAAUGGCGAAAAGGUUGUUUUCCAGUUCUCAUAUGCAGCUGGCAACAACAAUGGCACCUCUGUCGAGGACGGUCAGAUUCCCGCCAUUAUCUUCUACAUUUAA